AUGAAAUCCUCUAUAACUAUUGUUUUCAUUUCCUUUUUAAUCGAAGCAUUCGUUGAUAUUUCAACAUCCUUGCCAACAUUAUCAAAGUUCGAAGAUGAAACAAAAUCUGUUAAUAUAAGCAACCAAACUGAGCUUCCAUCCUUGUAUCCCGAUUAUGCGGAUUUCGUACAAUAUACAGAACUAGAUCCCGAUAAUGCCAUCCAAUAUGCAGACCUAGAUCUUGAUAAUGCGCUUCAAUAUACAGACCUAGAUCCUGUUCAGUAUGCAGACAUAGAUCCCGAUGAAUUUGAACAUGAAGUUGCAGAACUUUUACCAGAAGACUACGAAAUGGAAUCAGAACAAUAUCCUCGCGACGAUGACCGAUAUCGUCGUCGUUCUGAUGACCAGCAAAGAUAUCGUCGUCGUUCUGAUGAUGACCGUUAUUAUCGCCGUCGUUAUUAUCGUAGGGGAUAUCGUAGAGGUGAUUGGUAUAGAUAUCACCGAAGAACUUAUGGUCGAAGAAUUUUGGAUUGA